ACAUUUAUUUUACCACAAGGACAUUUACCUACUGGCGACCUCAGUUGUGGGAUGUUUAUCACUGUCUGACAGUGAUUUAAUUACUUAAGACCAGUACUUUAGCGCUUUGCAAAUGCUUCUGGCGAGGAUAUAAGAAUGCUGAAGAACGUAAUAUCCAUAAAAACUUAGUUUAAACAACUACCCAAUUGGGUAGUUGAAUUAUAUACAUACUGAACAGCUGACUUUCAGUCAUUUCGCUGUCAUUUCAAUUUUUUCAUCUGAGUUAGAAAUUAACCUGAAAACCAUCCUGAGUUCUACUGUACAUUCACAGUAAAUAGUAAAUUGCCAUUAAAGUGACCUACUGCACGUCGCAAUGGGAAAUUGCAUAUUUGCUGGGAAAAAGCUUUUCAAACAGUGUUACAACAAUCUUGGGCAAAGCGGAAAGCCCUCACCUGAGUUUGAUAGCUUGAUUGGAAAGGAAAAUUAUAGAGGAACAAAGCCAUCUAAGGGAUCACGGAACAUAAUAAGUGAAUAUAUGUCAUGGGCCUUAAGCCACAGUCAUUCACCUCUUGUCUUUGACGAUACUAUGUCCCACUCAUCAGUAUCUUCCCAUUUCGAUGAGUCAAAUGUCGCCAUUUCUUCUAGCUGGAUUAGCGAUGGAGCACACAGUGAUGCAUCUCAUGUAUUAUAUAAAGAACUGGAUCCAUUGAAUAGGGCGGCUUCAGUGGAACUGGAUAAAGAAAACUCGGAUUCAUUGGGGAAUAUGGCAUCUCAGAAAGAGGGAAGUUGGAUUACUGUAGCAGAGCCUUCUGACGGAAAACAUGGUGCUUCUGUGAAUACGCAACAAAAUAUUUUCAAUUAUGAAAUAAAGUCUUCAAUCAGUCAUUAUAUCAUGCAUCCACAUAUUGAACGUACGUCAGCAUCAGUGCAUAAAGAGGAUAAAAAUGCUGUGGCACAUACACUUAUUGAAGAAGUUGAUGGGUUGGAAUUGGCACGCCUAGCUAGAAGACUAUGGGAUCAAAGUAGACAUCGAUAUAGCAGAUCUAGCCAGGCAAAUGAAAAAGUCACAAAUACAGUAAAUUCAAAGUCAGCAUCGUUUGUUCGCCCUACUAUUUUGAGUCUUCGUUCUACUAAUCAAACAGUUCUACCUUCUGUACCAAAAACUGAAGCACCAAAAACCAUUUAUUUUGAAUCACCGGAUAUGGACUCAGCAUUCGAUCUUGCCUGGGAUAAUGAAAUGGAUUUAGAUAUGUCAAAUGCAGAGACGAGAAGAUCAUUUGGCAAAAACACCUCUCAACGUGCUAUUCCACGUGACUUCAAUGACGAGACAUCUUCCAAUAGUUUCAUUACUCGUAAUCCAUUCGACGAACGAAGAAGAAGACCACUUGCAACAGCUUCUACACAAAAUGCAAGCUAUAGUCAAACUCAGUCAGUUGCUAUUCUCCCUAUACGAAAUGAUGGUUAUAAUCCUAUUGUAGACAGCAAGUGGAUACCAAGUGACAAAUUACCUGGUAAUACACGUAACUCUGUAAAGAAACCGCUGUCAUCAGAAACAGCUAUCCCGUGUUCAGAUUUGAUUUUAUCACCUACAUAUAAUACCAUUAAUACUGACAACAGUCAGACUAUCGGUAAAAAUACAUCGAAACUUUUAUUCUCAGAUAAUUUAGUGGAUUCUGGCUUUGUUGGUGGAGGUAAUAGCACUAUAAUAAGCAGUUUCUCUGAUUUCGAUGAUAUUGCUGAUGAUGAUGUCGUGGAUACGGAGAAACAGGAAUCAUUGGGUACCACCGUACCCAUAGAUCACUCUUCAGAACAUUUAAGUGAUUUUCUCUGGGAACAUGAAUUAUUUAGCCCUCAGACAUUCAAACCUAAAAGUAUUCAUUGUCCAACAAAUGUACAUUAGUUUCCGUUAAAAAAUGACAAUUUUUUUGCUUAUUUUCACAAAGAGUAUUAUAACAGAUGAAAAAAAAAUAACUUAUCAAGUUCUAUGCGAUAUUCAUGGUAAAUUCUUUAUGCAUUGACUAUAACAGACACACUGUAAAGACUAAUAUUCACUCCGGAUACUUAUCUUUUACUCUCUGACUAUUCAAUUUUUAGUCAACCGGUAAUUCUCUUUUGUAAUCCUGUUUUUAGGCUUUCGUUUACUACCCCAGUCAACAGUGUUUUCAAUUAGAUUUUAUCAUCACUAUUUUGCCUUCACGUCGUGGUGACGCACCUCUUGCAUUUAAUAAAUUGACUUGUUUCUUUUUUUUAUUUCUUGUUCGCUAACCUGCAUUUCCAUCGUUAUUUUUUAUUUGGUUCUAUGCCUUUUCUUGUCUUCCCUUCUCCUUUUGUUUUUCCUACUAAUUUUAGUUCAUUAACAAUUCUCUUCCCAUUGAGAUUAAUUUAUCCUCGAAUUGAUGGACUUGUGAUUUUUUCAAAAUUUUCCCCUUUACCUUUUUCUCUACAGAAAAAAAAAGAUUCAACGAAACUCUUUCUAUAGUGGUAGGUUAAUCAGUGAUAUUUGUUUGUUAUCCUUUGUCGUUUUAGCAUUAUUUCCUUAUCCCCUACCCUUUUCCCACUGCUUUUUGUGUUGUCCCGAGUGUUAAUACCUCGUAUUAACCGUGCGUAUGCAAUAUAUAUAUAUAUAUAUAUAUA